GCUUGUCUGGGUAACAAGGAACCUUUCAAGAGGACGUGGCAGAGGGUCUCUUCAGCCUGGAAGGACAGAGCUUUUAGGUUAAUUUGAAUAGGAGAUCUGACCCGAGUGGCCCAGCUGUACAACUCUUCAAGGACAGUCAAUAUUUGCAGUAGAGAGGAAGAAGGGACAUAGAUCAAGAUGAAUGCCAUGCUAGAGACCCCCGAGCUCCCGGCCGUGUUUGACGGGGUAAAGCUGGCUGCCGUGGCUGCCGUGUUGUACGUGAUCGUCCGCUGUUUGAAUCUGAAGAGCCCCACAGCGCCGCCUGACCUCUACUUCCAGGACUCGGGGCUCUCGCGCUUUCUGCUCAAGUCCUGUCCUCUUCUGACCAAAGAAUACAUUCCACCAUUGAUCUGGGGGAAAAGUGGACACAUCCAAACCGCCUUGUAUGGGAAGAUGGGAAGGGUGAGGUCGCCACACCCCUACGGGCACCGCAAGUUCAUCACCAUGUCCGACGGAGCCACUUCGACCUUUGACCUCUUCGAGCCCUUGGCUGAGCACUGUGUUGGAGAUGACGUUACCAUGGUCAUCUGCCCUGGAAUUGCCAAUCACAGCGAGAAGCAGUACAUCCGCACCUUCGUCGACUAUGCCCAGAAAAAUGGCUACCGGUGCGCCGUGCUCAACCACCUGGGCGCCCUGCCCAACAUUGAGCUGACCUCACCGCGCAUGUUCACCUACGGCUGCACCUGGGAAUUUGGAGCCAUGGUAAACUACAUCAAGAAGACGUAUCCCCAGACCCAGCUGGUCGUCGUGGGCUUCAGCCUGGGUGGUAACAUCGUGUGUAAAUACUUGGGGGAGACUCAGGCAAACCAAGAGAAGGUCCUGUGCUGCGUCAGCGUGUGUCAGGGGUACAGUGCUCUGAGGCUUGAGGGCGAUGAGCCUUUUCAGCACUGGGACGUGGCAGCCAUGCUUCGUUUACGCCGAGGCGGAGCAGGGAGGGCUCGCCUGCCUCAGCAGGGGCCGCACGGGAGUCCAUGCCACUGGUAAAUCUUGCCUAGUUGAGUCCCGGGAACCGCUUGUCAGUGACCCGUCCCCUCCCGCUGGCUUCUCACCCCAGAGCCGACCUGAGGCCCAGAAGCCAGCGCCCGCUUGCCGUAGUUAGCAAAGCCUCGCUGCCGCUAGAGAAGCCCAUGUUUGUGAUGUGCUGAGCCACCGAAAGGGGGGGCACAGGUCCCCCAGACUUAGCCGCCUUCCCUCAGCACAAACCGCUGCCCGCUAGUCCUGGAAAUGUGUGUGGUCAGACUCAGCCUAACUCUGGGUGAAUUCAUCAUUUGAAACUUUGUUAUGAAGACUUCUGAUUAUAAAUUCGUCCAGUGAGUGGUGAGCAGACAGGAGUGUGAGAGGGAAAAGAAGUGGUACCAGAAGAUGACCUGCAGAUGAGUCAUCCCGUGACUCAUUUGGUUCAUUCAGCUAGACACCCUUCUGGAUAAUGGGGACACAGCCGCGAACAAGACAGAAAAAUUCCCUGCCCUCAUGGGGCUUAAAGAAAAGGGAAGGAAAGCUUUUUUUGGACCGGUUUCAGGUAAAAUCAAUUCUUCAUUCCUAAGGAAGCCCUCAACAAUCUUGCAUUGCAGAAUCUGCCGGCGAUAGGAGAUAGUCUGCGUCUGAGGACCUCACAGCACUUCCCGACUAUAGAAUGAUGUUUGCAAAGCAGCAAACCAAGUACAUGUCACUAAUAGAUUACACACUAGGUGGGGCGCCUGUGGGGCUCAGUCUGUUGAGAUUUG